UUUCUCCUCGAACGAAGGCGGAGGCUCGUGGCUCUUUGUCGGGGGCGGGGGUCCUGUCCCCAACCCCCUAGCCCUCUAUUCACCCAAGACGAGGCUCUCUAAUCACCCUUGCAGCUUGCUGCACUGCUAGUGGGUCGGCUUGGAACUGUCCUUGCUCACCCGCCUGCACUCAAUACCAGCACCCCGCUACGACCCUUCCCCCCUGCCUACAAGUGGAGCUGGCUGGGGCUGGCUGGGCAUCCCUCAGUCUCCCGCCGGAGCCUGCCCUGAGGUGCGAAGUGCAGGGGAAACAUGAAGGUGGGCUGGCCAGGUGAGAGCCACUGGCAGGUGGGCCCAGCUGUGGAGGAGAGCCCAAUCCUGGGAGUUCCUCAGAUAGGGAGCCUUCCUGACGUGGUGCCAGAGGGGACACUGCUCAACAUGGUGUUGAGGAGAGUUCACAGGUCUCGAAGCUGCUCCUACCAGCUGCUCCUGGAGCACCGACGACCCAGCCGCAUCCAGGGGCUUCGCUGGACGCCACUCACCAACAGCGAGGAGUCUCUGGAUUUCAGUGAGAGCAUAGAGCAGGCCUCCACGGAGCGGGUGCUCAGGGCUGGGAGAUACCUGUACCGUCACCUGCUGGCCACCUGCCCAACCCUCAUCCGAGAUCGAAAGUACCAUCUGAGGCUCCAUCGGCAGUGCUGCUCUGGACGGGAGCUAGUGGAUGGGAUCUUGGCCCUGGGACUUGGGGUCCAUUCCCGGAGCCAAGCGGUGGGCAUCUGCCAGGUGCUAUUGGAUGAAGGUGCCCUCUGCCAUGUGAAACACGACUGGGCCUUCCAGGACCGAGAUGCCCAGUUCUACCGGUUCUUGGGGCCAGAACCCGAGCCUGCAGGAGCUCAUGAGCUGGAAGAGGAGCUGGCUGAGGCAGUGGCCUUGCUCUCCCAGCGGGGACCAGAUGCCCUGCUUACUGUGGCACUUCGAAAGCCCCCAGGGCAGCGCAUGGAUGAGGAGCUGGACCUCAUCUUCGAGGAGCUAUUGCACAUUAAGGCUGUGGCCCACCUCUCCAACUCAGUAAAGCGGGAAUUAGCAGCUGUCCUGCUUUUUGAACCUCACAACAAGGCGGGAACUGUGUUGUUUAGCCAGGGGGACAAGGGUACCUCAUGGUACAUUAUCUGGAAGGGAUCUGUCAACGUCGUGACCCAUGGCAAGGGGUUGGUGACCACAUUGCACGAGGGAGAUGACUUUGGACAGCUGGCUCUGGUGAACGAUGCACCCCGGGCAGCCACCAUCAUCCUGCGAGAAGAUAACUGUCAUUUCCUGCGUGUGGACAAACAGGACUUCAACCGAAUCAUUAAGGAUGUGGAAGCGAAGACCAUGAGGCUAGAAGAACACGGCAAGGUGGUGCUGGUGCUGGAGAGGACCUCUCAGGGCGCUGGUCCUUUGCGCCCUCCCACCCCAGGCGGGAACCGGUACACAGUGAUGUCUGGCACCCCAGAGAAGAUCCUAGAGCUGCUGCUGGAGGCCAUGCGGCCAGAUUCCAGUGCUCAUGACCCGACAGAGACAUUCCUCAGUGACUUCCUCCUGACCCACAGCGUCUUCAUGCCCAACGCCCAGCUCUGCGCUGCCCUGCUGCACCACUUCCAUGCGGAGCCGGCAGAGUCUGCCGGGGGCAGUGAGCCAGAGCGCAGCACCUACAUCUGCAACCGGAGGCAGCAGAUCCUGCGGCUGGUCAGCCAGUGGGUGGCCUUGUAUGGUCCCAUGCUCCACCAAGACCCUGUGGCCACCAGCUUCCUCCAGAAACUCUCUGACCUGGUGAGCAGGGAUGCCCGGCUCAGCAACCUACUGAGGGAGCAGUGGCCAGAGAGGCGGCGACAUCACAGGUUGGAAAAUGGCUGCGGGAGUGCAUCUCCACAGUUGAAGGCCCGGAACAUACCUGUUUGGCUCCCCAGCCAGGAUGAGCCUCUCCCAAGCAGCAACUGUGCCAUCCGAGUUGGGGACAAAGUGCCCUAUGACAUCUGCCGGCCCGACCACUCAGUGCUGACCCUGCAGCUGCCUGUGACAGCCUCGGUGAGAGAAGUAAUGGCAGCACUGGCCCAGGAAGAUGGCUGGACCAAAGGGCAGGUGCUGGUGAAAGUCAACUCUGCAGGCGAUGCCAUUGGCCUACAGCCAGACGCCCGUGGCGUGGCUACUUCCCUGGGGCUCAACGAGCGGCUCUUUGUUGUCAACCCACAGGAAGUGCACAAGCUGACCCCACACCCCAAGCAGCUGGGGCCCACUGUGGGCUCUGCAGAGGGGCUGGAUAUGGUGAGUGCCAAGGACCUGGCAGGGCAGCUGACAGAUCAUGAUUGGAGCCUCUUCAACAGCAUCCACCAGGUGGAGCUGAUCCACUAUGUGCUGGGUCCCCAGCACCUACGGGAUGUCACCACAGCCAAUCUGGAACGCUUUAUGCGCCGCUUCAAUGAGCUGCAGUACUGGGUGGCCACAGAGCUCUGUCUCUGCUCAGUUCCUGGCCUGCGAGCCCAGCUGCUCAGGAAGUUCAUCAAGCUGGCUGCCCACCUCAAGGAGCAAAAGAAUCUCAAUUCCUUCUUUGCCAUCAUGUUUGGCCUUAGCAACUCUGCCAUCAGCCGCCUGGCCCAUACCUGGGAGCGGCUGCCCCACAAAGUCCGGAAGCUGUACUCAGCCCUGGAGAGGCUGCUGGACCCCUCGUGGAACCACCGAGUGUAUCGACUGGCCCUCACCAAGCUCUCCCCUCCCAUCAUCCCCUUCAUGCCCCUUCUUCUCAAAGACAUGACCUUCAUCCAUGAGGGAAACCACACACUAGUGGAGAAUCUCAUCAACUUUGAGAAGAUGCGAAUGAUGGCCAGAGCUGCACGGUUGUUGCACCAUUGCCGAAACCACAGCACUGUGCCUCUCUCACCUCUUCGGAGCCGAGUUUCCCAUCUCCAUGAGGACAGCCAGGCAUCGAGGAUUUCUACAUGCUCGGAGCAGUCCCUGAGCACCCGGAGUCCAGCCAGUACCUGGGCUUAUGUCCAGCAGCUGAAGGUCAUCGACAACCAGCGAGAACUCUCCCGCCUCUCCCGGGAACUGGAGCCCUGAGGAGGGGCUGGGGCUGAAGCAGGCACUUCCCACCGAGAAAGCCAGGGCAGGCCCGGGCUAAGGAGCCCACAGGCCGGCCGCAGCUGGGCAGGGCUCUCCCUGAGUGGACUCGAGGCCCUGGAGUGGGCAGCAUGGAGACAGCUGUCCCCUGUGAUGACUGGCAGCUGAGAAGGACCUCAGAGUGGAACUGCGCUGGGACCCACAGCCAAGGAAUGGGGGAUUGCACAGUGCCAGGAGUGGGUGGGAGAGCUGGGCAAGGGCUGGACUCUGUUCAAUAGAGAGCUCUCCUCACCAGGCUUUUUCCAGCAUCUUGGCCUCAUGGCUCUGUCAUCUAGCCCUUGCCAGGCCCCUGCCUGAGUUUGUUUUUGCACUGGAGAGACUGCAUAUGCAUGGCAUGUGUGUGGGGCCUGGCUGGGAGGAUCGGGGCGGGGAGUAUUGCUUUUCUUUCAGAAGCAUCUGAGAUAAACAGCUGGGUGUGGGCAGGGCUGUUUUGCUGGGAGUGGUGGUCCCUGAGGAGCUGUAUUGUUCCCAUAAGUUAACAAAGAUAUGUGUGUUCUGAGGCCA